AUGUCACCUUUUGGUCAAACAGUCGCUGUGAUCGACAAGUCUGGCAAAGUUGUAAGCACGAGUAAGCAUCUAUUCGGUGUUUUCAGCCAUGCCAAAAACGCCUAUCGGGAGCGCAAGUCUGCCUUCCAAUCAGAACGCAACGCAAAAAUUGCGGAGCAACAAGCACUCGAAGGACUCGCCAACUAUCAGAUCGAUGACUCACCGUCGAUAGCCCCCUCUAGACGAAGCCAUGGGAGCAGGUCAAGGCAUCACAGCGGCCGCAGCCAUCGUGCUUCGUCCCACUAUGAUGAUGGACAGACAGUUGUAUCGCGGCGCGACUCUCAUUACGAGCCUUCGCAGACAAUCGCCCGGCGUCACACGCAUCACGAGGUCGCGGUCCGAGACGCCCCUCGCCCAUCAACUGCCCGAUCCAGAUCUGAUGCGCAUAUUGACAUGGAUCUCGCAUAUGGGGACGCCUCUCAUGCAGCCUUAUCCCGAUAUAACCCCCCGGAGCCCAAAACCGAUCAACAACAGCUUGAUGGUCUGGUCAACCGGGCACAGUGGCUUCUUGAAGAAGCACACUGUGUGCAACAUGGCGCUACCGCGACCAUGGCCCAUCUCCAAAAGAACCCAGAUGCUAUGGCCGCCGUCGCCUUGACUCUAGCGGAGAUCAGCGACUUGGGGCGCACGAUGGCGCCCGCCGCAUUAACCGCACUCAAGUCAGCCUCACCAGCUGUCUUCGCUCUUCUUUCCAGUCCUCAAUUCCUCAUCGCUGCGGGAGUCGGUCUAGGCGUGACGGUUGUCAUGUUUGGAGGAUAUAAGAUUAUCCAAAGAAUCAAAGCCAGCGCUAUUGGGGAAGAAGGAAAGCCCGCCGAAAUCGAAACCGAAAUGGAAGAGAUGAUGGAGUUCAACACGGAAGAUCUCAGCUCUGUUGAGAUGUGGAGACGUGGCGUCGCCGACGAGCAAGUCCACAGCGUUGGAACAUCAGUGGAUGGUGAAUUCAUCACACCCAUCGCAGCGGCCAUGUCGGGCAUAGAUGUGACUACUGCUCGCGCACGACGGGAUCCUCGUUUCAAAUUUGAUGAAGAUAUCUCCGUCGCUUCGUCUCGUCGCUCCCGUCGUUCACGCACCACCCGGGCUUCGACACAUGCACCGUCAGAGCAGCACGAGCGGAGAUCAAAGGCCCCUUCAGAGGCACCGAGUAGUUUCUUCGGACGAAGUUCCUCCAGGUCCAAAGCGCCAUCAAAGGCCCCCAGCAGAGCCCCCAGCAGAGCACCAAGCAGAGCUCCUAGUCACGCCCCCAGUCGAGCUCCCAGUCACGUCCCCAGUCACGUCCCCAGUCGUGCUCCCAGUCACGCCCCCAGUCGUGCUCCCAGUCACGCCCCUAGUCGCACCCCAUCUAAACAUAACACCCAUGUCUCCGAAAUCGAGAAACGGCCCAAGGAAAAAAAGAAAGGCCCCAGCCGGCUACGACUUAUGUUCACCUCUUCCUCUUGA